GACAAAAUGGACGGUCAGAAGCCGCUUACAACCAAAAGGGGAUUAUGCCUUGGUCAUCGGGCAGACUUUGACUUUUCACCUUUGACAUGAUCAAAACCCAUGAACAGCUGAAAAGAUACCCGGUUGUCGUCCUCUUCAUCUUCCUUUCCGCUUCUGAUACCCGAUCUUAUGCAGAGUUACGUUCUUGAUACCCUAGCUGAUUUCAGUCGAUUGUGCCUGAUCCCACCAUGACUACAGGCAAGCUUAAUAAUGAAGGCCACGAUGCUCAACACCUGGAUGUUUCUCGCUCGGCGCUCAUCCAGAUUAUCACUGGGGUCAUCACGGCCACAAAGGUGUCUGAAGGUAUCUCAGAGCACGCACGCUCGAUCAUAUCAAACACCGGGCUCACCAUCCAGCCGAAGAGGGACACUUUCACGAUAAGGGAAUGGCUCGAUAAUGUUGUUCUUCAAACCAAAGACAACUCACCCGAGUCGCAAGCAUCGUGGCAACUGGUCCAUCUCGCACUUGGCGUCUCAAUGCUGCGUCACAAGGCCCGACAGGGCCAGCCUGUUGAUGGCGCCGACCUGGAGUUUGUAUGGGGACUUGUCAGAGACGCAGUUACCGACCCAGUCCUUGCGCCACUUCUACCGGGCGCGUCCCGUAGUGCACAAGGCUUCCUCAGCGUCCCUCUAUGCAGUCUCAUCAAAGACAAUAGGAUUGAUGAGCUUUGGCGGUUGCACGUCUGGCUGCCGGAUGGUCACAGAGGAAAUCGCGACUUCGCUAUCCAUUCACACCAGCCUUUUGCUCAAAGCUGGAUCCUUGCGGGCGAAGGCCGCGAUCACCAAUAUGAUGUUACAGACCCAGAAGCCAAAGGCGCGCUGGGCACGCCAUAUGCCCAAUACAGGAUCGCCUGGAGCGGCACAGGGAAAAGCCACGGGACAGCCUAUGUGCCACAUCAGUCGUACUCCAUCGUCGAGAAUACCGGCAAGAUUGUCCACAUCAAGCAGGUCGAGACUGCUCUUCAUACUCGCGAUAUGAGUUACACUGUCGGAGCCGGUGUACUCCACCGAACAAAAGUGCCAGCAGACGCAUUGCACGCGACUCUCUUCUACUUCGAUUCCAGUCGAGGAUUCAUACAAGACGCGCCAGUACUUGGACCACCGGAUGGAGAAUCCUACAAACAAUAUCGGGAUGUUGGAAGUCAGCCACCUUCGUCGCUCGCCAGCAUGGUGGAGGCGGUCCGCUCCUUUGAGAGGCUGAUGGAAGAAGGGCAACAAUACACCCGUAGCGGAAACCUGGAGAUGGCGUUGCGUAACUUUUCCAGUGCGCUUGCUCUCUGCGAAUCGGGGGCUGCUGCUUCCAGUGCCAUCCCGAAGGGUGACCGUUACAAACAGUUCGUUUUCACCAAGCUCGGUGGUACAUACAGACGGUUUGGCAAGUACGAGCAGGCCAAAGACUUUCUCGAGCAAGCAAUGGCCAUGACAGCAUCAAGUGAGCUGCGUAUCGAAGCCAGUGGUGAGCUUGGUGUCAUCUAUCGGCACAUGGACCUGCUGGAUGAUGCAAAGCGUGCUUUUCGGGUUCAGUACGACACGGCAAAGGAAUUCCAGGCGGAGCAGUUCACGUGCCGGUCGAUCGGAAAUCUCGGCAUGGUCAACUACCAAUUGUCCCAGCAGCGUCAGGACGAGUCGUUGCUGGAACUAGCGACAAAUCAGCUACUUGAACGCGUUGAACGGUCUCGUCAAAUCAAGGAUACAAUCGAUUCGCAAGACCUGGAUGCAGCUACAAGAGAACAGUGGUUAAAGGAUGCAAUAACUUGGGAAACCAUCGGUCUUUCCCGUCUCUCUCUAUGCUACGCAGCACGAGGAGACGCGAAAAAGGCGGUUCGGGCUGCAUUCGAAGCCCUAACACUGGUUCGAACAUUUGAGGACGUGAAUGUGGUGGCCAUGGGCCGGUUCUUUUACGGACGGGCACUUCUACUCGACGGACAGCGGGAUGCGGCCCUGCAACAGUUCAACUCUCACGACGGAGGAUGCACGCCUGCCCUUGCUUUGUGCAAGGAGCCCUCCGACGAACAUCGCCAGUACCUGCGAGAGCUCAUCGAUGCUGGUGCAGACAUGAGCGUCACUGAUGGCCACGGCUAUAGCGCGCUUGACUACGCAACUUUCGCAGGAGAUGCUAAGGCGCAAGACAUGGUUCUUGAAGGCCUUCGCCGCCAAGCCGGAGGCGUGGAUGACGACUCUAACACAUCGAGUCUGCUACACAAGGAGUCGAAGCUCCGCAAGGGAUACCGGGAGCUAUUUCAAGAGCGACUGCGACCUGUCCUUCUUGCUGGAGGCGGCGACCCGGACAGCUCCAUAUCGGAACUCCGACGUGUCUAUGCAGAGUCCUUAGCUGAAGAUGCUGAUAAGAGAGCUAUGUUUGAUGUCUUGAGGUUUGUGCCCUACUCGGACUUUUUGGCCUUUGGCAAAUUUCCACGGUCAAGCGACAAUUUGGCCCAGGAGUUCAAGGCCUCGAAGACUCCUGAGAGUGGAAAUGGUUCGAAAACUUGGGCAGAUUACCUGAUAUUCUUCUCUUACCGAUGGAUUAACAAGGAGCCUAACGCAAAGACACCGGAUGAUGGCAACCAUAGCCAAUACCGACGAAUGAUUGCGGCCACGGAAGAGUUUUUGAAGAUGCACCCUCACGUAAAGCGUGAUAGGCUUGGGGUCUGGGUGGACUUUGUCUGCGUAGACCAAGACGACCCUAUGUCAGGAGUGUCUGCUCUGCCCAUGAUCAUUGCACAGUGCAAUGCCGUUAUCAGUUUAAGCGAUGAUCAGCUACACGAGCGGGCAUGGUGCUCUGUCGAAUCUAUGAUGAUCCAAACACUCAAGAAGGCGUACAACGUCCAUGUGUGGUAUGAACAAGUGCUUGACGACAACUGCAUUUUGAGAGACGGUCCGGUGGAUUUGAGCAUCGUCAUGGCAGACAAGCGUUUGACUUUUGAGACGGACCGACCUAAAGUUCUCUUUUUGGAAAGACAGUGCAAAUUACUUGCUUAGAGAGUAAUAGUUCAUGAUAGAGAAUAUGGGCAGUUGUAUCAUUGUAUUUUACAUUUCACGUUUGAUGAAACAUAACUUGAACAUACAAUACGACUGUAACUUAC